CAUUGAUAUUGAAUGAUGGUGGCGGCUUCAACUUCGGUGUCCAAGUUGCUUAAAGAAUAUCUGAAGAGAUAUGAGAGCAAUGAUGAGGAAGGAAAGGAAAAGAAAAAAGAGGAAGAAGAAGGUCGUCCAAAGUAAACCAGAUGUAAAAGGUGUUUUAGUCAUGAAUGAAGAUCCAGUUUGGCAGAAACCAGUUAAUCUUGAAGAGGAAAACAAUGAUGAUCCAGCUGAUGAAGAGAAGCCACAAGUUGAUGAGGACAUUGAGGUUAAGCGGAUGAAGAGGCUUGAACAACUAAAGGCUAUGGGUCCAUAUAAUGCCACAUCAGAGGAUGGAAGUGGUUGGGUUUCUCUCUCUCCGAAAGCCGCUAAUUCUACUGACCCAAAUUCUGAUAUGUCACCACCACGUAAGUCGGCAGUCCGGAAUGACACACCUUCACCGGACAUGAACUGAAGCCUGCAGAUUUUGGCAGAGGUAGCUCUGAU